CUUUUGUGCUCUAAAAAACGACUACAAGUAACCCUCAUAACUCUUGAGUCGCCCUAGUGCCCAGCGUCAAGACGCUGCUGAUCCAGCAAAUGUCACUGUAGUGGGCUGCACCCUAACUCCAUUGGCCAGAGAUCGUCUGAUGAAUGUGCAUUUCACGAGAUCAGCAUUUUCUUUAUUGCGCUGCCGGCAGUGUAAUUCCGUCAUAAUUUAUACUCAUUCAGUAGCUUGUGAGUAGUUUAUGUGGUUCCUUUAAAUAAUCAACAACGCUAUUUGCUUCGACUCAAGUGAUUUCCAGUGACUACAAAAAACAAAUCUAAAAUGGAGCCGAAUAAAUUUAAAAAAAUUGACUUCUCCUCUGAACUCCCACAAUAUUUGCCUGAUUUUUUUCGCCAAAAUGGGGAAUUUGUGGAGGAAAUUGUUAUGACUCCUAUGUUUGCGCUUGGUUUUCGUCUUGUUGGCCAGCAUUGCAGUAACCUACAAUCCAUAACUAUAAGUGACGCAGAUCUGAUAACGGAAAAUUUGACGCCGUUCAAGACCAUGAUUGUGGCAUUAAAAAACCUAAAAGAAGUGCAAAUUGACAUUAAACACAAUGACGCCUCUGCGAUCUUAAAAGUUUUGAAAGAACUUCAAAAUCUUAAAACUCUGGGGCUUAAUAUAGAAGACUGUACGGAGCUGCCUGUGGAUCUAGCUCACUUAAAAGAAUGUGUUUACUUGGAAACAUUGACAAUAAAAGGCACAAUGGUUGUCUUAAAAAUUAAUGAUAUUUCAUCGGACCUAAAAAUUCUACGCAGUUUGCUUAUUUCUGGUGGCAAAAUAAUUUCCAAUGGCCAAGAAAUCGCAUAUGAACUGCCAGCAUUGGAAAAGCUUGAACUCUUCCAUAUUCGUAUUGAAACCAGUUUUCCAGAUUGCCAAAAGCUACGAAUUCUGCACACUCGAUUUGCUAGAUUCAAUAGUGAUUUCUGCGAAUGGCUUUCUGUGAAAAUAAAAACCCUGGAAAGCGUGGGUUCCAAUAAUUCUAUCUUGGGGCAGGAUGUUCUGUCAGAAAUAUUUUCAAGUCUACCUUCUGGCUGGGUUUUACCCAAUUUGAAGAAUCUAAUGUUAUACGAGGACUUUGAGACAGUAACAUUUCCUCUGCCAUAUUGUCCAAUGCUAACCUCCUUGAACUUGGCACAAGUUGAUGAGUUUCCCAAGGAGUGUAUGGAUUGGAUAACAAAGCACUCGAGUACUCUAGAGAGUGUGGAACUGCCAGGCUUGUUUUUUGGUAAAAACAGCUCAGAUUUGCCAUUCUUUCCCAAGCUACGGGCAUUCCGCUUGAACUCUUCUUACGAACUAUCACCAGAUAGUUUCUUUAACUGGAUUUCAAAGCACUCGGAGACCUUGGUGGUUUUGAAUAUUUAUGGAAACCUGGAUCGGAAUCGCCUUCUUAAACUUCUCUCGGACUGCAGGAACAUUCGAUCUUUUAGAAUUGCUCGUACUUCCCCGGCAUUUACUGAGAACUUUCUCAGGUCUCUGUUUAACAUUUUAAAGGAAAACGGUGUCACUCCGGAUAAUCCUUUCAAAUUCAAAUGUAAUUCUAUUAAUUUGAGCACGCAACAGAUUGAUAAUUUACAUAAUUUACCCAAUUUCGAACUGUGCACAGUUCAGAUUGAAGAUAAUAUUGGAAGCAUUUGGGAACCUUAUAAUGAAAUCUCUUAAUGAAAGAGCUUUAGGGAGACUUGAAGACAUUGUAUCGGAGACACCUUAAAGAAUCUUUAUAUUUCUUUUUAUAUCAUCUUUUUUUACGCAAUUAAAAUUGUUAAAGGAAAAUCUGAGAGAAGGAAUCGGAGAGUGCAUACGGAAUCAUCUUUCCUUAUUUUUUUAUCAAUACCUGUUAACCUUUAAGUUUAUCUUUAAAUUGUUUGAUUUAUGUUAUGGAAAUCUGUUUGAAUUAUCUAUUAAUUAAACUUUAAUUUACCCACAA